GGGCAGCAGGACAUCAGACAGACAGUCAGACAGACUCCAGCCUGAAGCUACUGAUCUGAAACUUUCACCUAGUCAGGAUGUUGUGUCCCAGCGUCUUCCAGCCGUCCCCCGUCAACAUGAGGCCUUUCAUGGACCUGCACUGGCCUGUCCGCAGCCUGUGGCCCGAGACCCGGCCACUCUUCUACCACAUCGAACAGGAGAUGAUCCGCCACAUGCAGGAGAUGAGGCAGAGCAUGGAGUACAUGGAGAGGCUGCACCAGAAGAUCUUCGAGGAGAUCGACCAGACCUCAUCCUUGACAGGGGUCUUCAAGCCCAUCGCCUUCCAGGAACUGGGGAGGGACGGCAGCAGCUUCGCCCUCAGCCUGGACACGAAGGAGUUCGCCCCGGAGGAGCUGUCAGUCAAACAGGUGGGCAGGAAGCUGAGGGUGAGCGGCAGGACGGAGAAGAAGCAGGAGGACGAGAAGGGCUCGUACUCUUACAAGUGUCAGGAGUUCAGGCAGGAGUUCGACCUGCCGGAUGGCGUCGAACCCGAGACCGUCACCUGUUCUCUGGUGGGGGGGCGGCUGCAGAUCCAGGCCCCCCGGGAGAGAGCAGUGCAUGAUGGGAAGGAGAGGGUCGUUCCCAUCAGCGUCACCUCUGUCCCGGCCAUCACAUCCUCCAGCAGCAGUGACUCCUCCUCAGAAAGCAACCCUGCUGAGAAAAAAUGAACUGAAAACACACAGUGAACCAUCUCAUCUAUCUUUGUAGUUUCAGUGUGGUUUUAUUGUGUAUAAUAUUAGAGGGAACAUGGAUCUGAUAUUCUUUACCUGCACUUUGAUUUUUAGAAAUUAACUGUUUAUAAUAAACUUGUUUCAUGUUUUAUUUAUCUUUGUCACACUUUUUGGUUUCCUGCCCGACUCUUUUUUCUCUUGAUGGCAAAAUAUGAAAAACAUUCUAUUUGUCUUAUGUUUUAAUUAUUGACAAUGUAGUAUAUUUUUUCAAACAUUACUAUCCUCUAUUAUUGCUCUGAAAGCUUAUUUCAAUAACUUAAU